ACUUCAAGAGACAGAAUUAAUCUGGCCUGGAUUAAUAAGACAUAGGGUACCUGCAGAGAGGCAGUAUUAAAAGCCUGUGUUUGUUUACUUAAGUUCAUACAGGGUGAGAGAGAGAGAGAGAGGGAGGGAGAUCAUUCCCAGAGCCUAUCAUAUUAACUUUGGAUCGAACUAUCUCCAAGGAGAUUCUGGGAGAUGAACUGAUUCAGUUAGAUCGAUCUAGGGAAGGGAACCCAGUCAGAGAGAGAGACUGACCAUAAAGAGACCACUAAGUGACCACAUCCUGGUUACAUAGCUGAGAGAAUCUUACCCUCUGCUGUGGCAGUGAAUGGAAAGAGAAAGCAAGAGAUGACACAAAAUUUGUCAUUUAAAAUGUGAUUUAUAAGAACUGUCAGCAUGCAGUGGUAGCCGCAGCUAUAGUAAGAGAUAAUACAGGGCAUCCCAGUCUGCUUAGUGCGUAACCAGGGAAUGACUUCUACGCAUUUACCAAGAAGAAGGCCUAAAGGGAUAUAGGGGAUGUACUUUUGAUAGAAUUUGCUAUUAAAAAAGGACAUUAACGUUGACUUCACCCGGCAGUGUCAAGCUGCAGGUUAGAGAAUACGGAAUCCAGGAUCUCACUUUAAACCAGUGAAUCAGUUCUUCGCAUUUUCCAAUAAGGAGAUCUAAUAUCACGGCGAAUGUAGCUGUUGAUGGUUUUCUUUCUGGAGGGGAUGAAUAUAAGGCUGCUGCGGACCAAGCUGGACUUCUAAGUUGUGUCGUAUUAAUAGCUAGGAAAACUGGCAGUACUGUAUGCUCAGGAGUCAUGAAGUUGGUGUUUAGAUAUGUGUCUUACAAGUAAAGAUACAAUAUAAUAUAUACACACAUAAUGCAUUUAGCAGGCAACAUCUAUAGCCUGGGGAAAUACUAAUAAUAAACAGAAGUGAAUUGCUAUGUUUGAAGAGAAGCUUGCUUGUGGAGACCUGUAAAACCUUUCAGGAGACAAGGAAAUCAAGAAGUUGUUGAGAUGAAAGAAAUAAGAAGAAACUCAGUGUGUGUAUUAUUCUUGUAACUGAAAGUCAGUAUAUUCUCAUGGAAUUCAAUGUGCAGGUUGCCAUCACCAGUGAAAAAAAAGCAAGUAGCUGUCAUAAUUUUGCUGAUUAUUUUGUAAUCUGACUUCCUAGACAGACUGCAAAAGGGAUUUCAUUGGUUUCACUACCAGGCGACUUGACACGAAAUUGCUCAAUACAGAUGAUCGGUGUACAGAAAUCAAAUUGAAUAGCAGCAUGAUUGCGGAGACGAUGACGCUGUAGCAGCAGUCGUACUGCUUCCCAUUUCUCAGAAGCUGUAAUAAAAGAGAAACUCUAGCUAGCACUCCAGAGAAAGAGGCUGGCAAUUCCAUAAGGAUCUGUUUUAGGAUUUUGGCGUCCUGCCUGAUCGUAGGUCAAUGAAUGUUCAUUAUAACCAGUAACUGUUUAUUCUGAUCUGUAAUUUUUUUCAGUCGUAUAUUUUUAACUUGGCUGAGCAGGGUAACAUUAUACAAUUUUAGGGAACAAGGGUCGCUAAGUGUAAAUUACAAGGAGUUGCGUGACUGGCUGCUAUUAAACAAGUUAAAAACAGGGAAAAGGCUUGCAUUGGUCAUAUAUCACAUGCACUGCUGCCACUGGACAAGCAUGUCAUACGCUAAAUGUUUUUGAACAAACAAAACCAUGAUAUUAUACAGUGAACGCUCGUAUAAUUCUGACAUUAUGCUGAGCCUGAUGAACCUUGUAGUAAUGUAUGAUGUCUUACCUGAGGAUGAACUAUUGGCCAGCAUUCAAAGUAUAGGGAGUUAAAAAAGAUAAAGAAUAAGACUGGAUUUUUAUAAAGCAGAGUCACUUUUGGAACAAUAUCUAUUACAUCAGGGAUCAUAUUACAGUACGGGUUUAACAGAUGUGUGAAAUGACAAUUAUUCCAACAGGGAAUGAUACAUGUGACUUCCUCUCUUGAUGCCAGAUGUAAGACGAUAUACGCCGCGGAGAAAAAAAGACUUGAUAAAUAUAAUGUGUGAUAUCAUUUCUGUAUACAAGUAACACAGCGCAGUGACCAUUGACAACAUGCCUGAAGAGGAGGACAGUGUAAGAGUUUUCAAGAAAAGCAGUCCCAAUGGAAAAAUUACCACUUACAUUGGGAAGAGGGAUUUUAUAGAUCAUUUAUCUCAGAUAGACCCAAUAGAUGGAGUAGUUCUAAUAGAUCCAGAAUAUCUCAAAGAUCGCAAAGUAUUUGCUCACGUUCUGGCAGCAUUUCGUUAUGGCAGAGAGGACCUGGACGUGCUCGGGCUCACAUUUCGCAAGGAUUUAUUUCUUGCAUCCAUGCAGGUGUACCCCAAAUUGCCCGAGAACGAGAGGCCACUAACAAGAUUACAAGAGCGCCUGAUCAAGAAAUUGGGGCCUAAUGCCUAUCCUUUCUAUUUUGAGCUUUCUCCAAAUACACCAUCCUCCGUGACGCUUCAGCCAGCCCCAGGGGACACUGGGAAGCCCUGUGGAGUAGACUAUGAACUAAAGACAUAUGUUGGUGAAGGAGUGGAUGACAAGUCACAUAAGAGGAAUUCCGUCCGGCUGGCAAUCCGUAAAUUAACAUACGCCCCCGUAGAACCUGCUCCACAGCCGACGGCAGACGCCAUUAAGGAGUUUAUGAUGAGUGCAGGAACACUACGAUUGGAGGCCAGUCUGGACAAAGAGAAAUAUUACCAUGGGGAAUCCAUAGCUGUCAAUGUUCUUGUGGACAAUAACACUGGCAAAACAGUGAAGAAAGUAAAAAUUUCAGUGCGUCAGUUUGCAGAUAUUUGUCUCUUCUCCACUGCACAGUACAAAUGUACGGUGGCGGAGCUGGAGAGCGAUGAGGAUGGUUUUCCCAUUCAGCCCAGUCAGACAGGGUUCUGUAAGGUGUUUUAUCUAACGCCACUCCUGGCCAACAACCGAGACAAACGCGGUCUGGCGCUGGAUGGAAAGUUGAAACACGAGGACACAAAUUUGGCCUCGUCCACUAUUAUUACAGAUCCUAGUCAGAAGGAAAACUUGGGGAUUAUAGUGCAGUAUAAAGUGAAAGUCAGACUCAUCCUUGGGUUUGGAUCUGGUGACCUUGCUGUGGAAUUGCCCUUCACCUUGACCCACCCCAAGCCAGUAGAGGAGCCACCCCCUCCCAGUCGGUCAGCAAGCAUCGCGCCUUCGUCUGGAGACGCUCCAAUAGACACUAAUCUUAUUCAGCUGGACACAAAUGGGGAAGAUAUUUAUGCUGAUAAAGACGAUGACCUGAUUUUUGAAGAUUUUGCACGGCUACGACUCAAAGGGCUGGAUGUGGACGACACAGAGGCCUGAUUGCAAUCACUUUCUCACCUACUACAAUCCACUUGAACAUCCCAACCAACACAAUCAACUUACACAUCUAACACAAUCAGGUUCACUUGAACUCCACCAGUACCAACUGUUGGUUUUGCUCGUCAGGUUUUUAUACCGCUAAGAUUUGAGAAUAUUGAAUGAUUAGAUUAUAGAAUGGUUCAUUAUACUAAGAAUUCAAAAUGUUUUAAACUAAGACUUUGAAAAAUCAACCUUUUUUACUUGGUAUGUGCAUGUGAGUUUUGGUAUUUCUGUAAAGAAAUUGUGAUUUCAGUUAUGUAGAAAAUGAUAUUAAUUUCAUCAGUUACUAAAAAGCUGUAAUUGACAAUUGAUUCACGAGACUAAAAAGAAAAAAUAUGUUGACUUCUUUUAUAAACAAGUGCUAUACAAAUGGGAACAGUUUAUGUUGACUUUGGCCAUGAAAUUAUAAGUUUGAGACCUUGGCCUUGGAAAAUGACCUUCAACUAGACCUUGACCUUGAUAUUGAAAAUAAAUAAAUAAAAGAUGAUCUCUUCAAGCCUAGGGAAGAUGAAUGUCCAUGUAAUCCCCGUCAAACUUACUUUAUUUGUAAGUUUAGGAUUCAAUUUGCACUGAAACAGCUAGAAAUAUUAGAUCAUGUUAUGUUGUUUUUGAGGAGAAAUAUGUUUAUGUAUAUGAAUCUGUAAUAAGUUAUGGACAGAAUUGGAGGGUUAGAAUGAUACACUUGAAAAGUUCACAGGGAUUUAUGAAUUAUCUCAGAGUUAUUAAAGCCCAAAUACUGUGCUCAAAGAGAAAAUGGCAUGGCCAAUGAGGUUAGAGGUCAAAAGUUAAAGGUCAUCCCAAGUGGGAUUGUUAGGUCAGGAAUAAGGCACUCAGGGGUAAAAGGAUAUUAACUGGGAGGUCAAAGGUUCAAGGUCAAAAGAAUCUCUGUAGCUUUAUGAUAUGUUUCCUAUUAUAUUUAACCAAGCCCAACUAGGUUUUAGUUUGUUCAAUGUUGUUUUGUCUCUCAGAUUUUUGCUGAACAGUAAAAAAGAAAAUGCAAAAGACAUGAUGUUGCUGAGGUUAUGACUUAGGAUCUGAAACAAUUGUGGUCGCCUAAAUAUUUGCGAUAUAUUUUGUUUUGUUUUUUCUCUCUUCUUUGACAGUUUUGUGCCACAGUUGUGCACUUUAUGGGUAACUUGUAAAAGCAAAAUUAUAUAUCUACUGCAAACAUGUUAUACAAACAUAGAUAUCAGUUGCAAUUACUGUAAACCAAAGCUAUAUUACUAAUAUUGUAUAUAUAUAUAAUAUAUUAAGUAUAAGUGUUUAAUGUAUAUCCGUUAUAAUUGUUUGUAAAAUGACAGUGAUUAAUAUUCAGUUUCACAACAAGUUGGGUAUCUUAUGUGUUGACAAUUGCCAGUAUAGAGUCUAAGAUACAGUAUGUAAUAACUUAUAUGUAAAACCAGUUGAAGUCUGAAAUCCAUAUUAUACCAUGGCUGAUGGAUAAACUGAACAUUUUAAUUAGUCUCUGAAAGACGGGUACUAGGAAAUGGCAGAUAUUUAUUCUCCAAAAUCUGGCAUUAAUUCAUAUACAAUCAUGAUUAUAUUAAGGCUUGAUUCUGCUUUAAAUAAAGGGUAAAGGCAGGUGUGGCGGGAUUCUGAAAUAAAUUAAGUAUCAAAUUAAUUAGCUUUGUGCUUUAAACUUUUGUGAGAAGACCUUGCAUAUUAUGUUAUGCAAAGUAGACCAUUUUUUUUUUUUUUUUUUUUUUUUUUUUUUUUAUCCCUUGGCAGGAAUGGUGUUUUCAGAUUCGGUACAGGUAAAUGUCCCAUUUACGUGAGGGUGGUAUGGGCACAGUAUACUGUAGUCAGAUACUUAGUUUAAAAUCAUUCAAAUCCAUGCUAAGCAUUUAUCUUGUUUAAGCUCAUUAUCAUAUUGAGUAAUAUAUCAUUGAAAUUGAUAGACUGUUCAGGAAUUUUACAGGAUAGAAUUUUGUAUGAAGGUUUCAGCAUCAUGUCAGCUUUAUUGGUUGCUGGAUAUACAUACAGAUAUGAGAAUUUUCCAGUUUUAUCCAUUUGUCUAGAUAUUGGUGAAAUAUGUUUGGAGAAGCCAUGCCUUCUGAAACCCACCCCCCUUCCAUAGAGAGCCGUUAAUCAAGAAUACCAUCAUGGUCCGCAGACAUGACAUAUUCGUCAUGAAAACCAUCAUGGUCCGCAGACAUGACAUAUUCGUCAUGAAAACCAUCAUGGUCCGCAGACAUGACAUAUUCGUCAUGAAAACCAUCAUGGUCCUCAGACAUGUUCAUGAUGCACACUACAAAGUGUUGUGGUUCUAAUAUAUCACAGAUGUCUUACAAAUUAUCGCACACAUGAAAUUUCAGCCAGGCAUUUGAUUCUUUGCACAGAUCCAGAAAUACAAAUUCCAGGGACAGGGCAAUGAAAUCUGUGGUGAAGCAUGGCACCAAACAAGCUAUGGUCAGGGUAGAAAAUAUCACACUAAAGUUGAGAUUACAAUAAUAGUUUCUUCAAGCGGUUUCUUAACUCAGAGAUGUUUCAUGUACCACUCCAAUCUUUCAGUGUUUAAGGCCCCAUUCCCACUGACACUGUCAGUCUACAUGGAUCGACCCAACU